CCGCCGGCGGCCCCCGCGCCAUUGCUCCGCGCUCCGCCGCCCCGCUCCGCACCUUUCCCUCCCUCCUGGCUGCGCGCCCCUGUGCCCGGGCUGCCUCCGGCUCUAAGCGCCGCUCCCCGCCCCGCGCCUCGGCGCCUCCCCCAGGAUCCGGCCGGGCGCGGAGGGGGAGCGGCGGCAGAGCGCGCCCCAUCCCCACCGCGGAGGAGCCGCCGCCGCCGCUCCUUCCCCAUCAGCCACCAGCACGGAAUGAUCCUCCGCUCCCAGCCGGGCUGUCCCCCUGGCCGCUUUCACCGCUCCCCUAUUGGCUUCCACCUCCCCUCGCCCGCCCCUAUUGGCUCCGGCUUCGCGCUGCGGCGCCGCGAUUGGCUGGAGCCGGUGUCAAUCAGCGCGGAGCCCCCGGGAGCGCCCGCCUCCGCAGUUAUCAGGUUAGUGUUCGCCGCGGUGCUGGGGCUCGGGAUUCCGAGCGGAGCUGGGUGAGCCCUCAAAGUCCCUCACCGCGGCGUCGGGGGGGUCUGCAUCGGUGUCACUGCGAGCGGAGCCGGGGACCGCCAGCCGCGGACAUGGACAUGAAGAAAAGGAUCCACUUAGAGCUGCGGAACAGGACGCCCUCAGAUGUUAAAGAACUUGUUCUUGACAACUGUAGGUCGUACGAAGGCAAAAUCGAAGGCCUUACAGAUGAGUUUGAAGAGCUGGAAUUCUUAAGUACAAUCAACGUAGGCUUAACCUCAGUUGCAAACUUACCAAAGUUAAACAAACUUAAGAAGCUCGAGCUAAGCGACAACAGAAUCUCAGGAGGACUGGAAGUGUUGGCAGAAAAGUGUCCGAACCUCACGCAUCUAAAUCUAAGCGGCAACAAAAUAAAAGAUCUCGGUACAAUAGAACCUCUGAAGAAGCUAGAAAACCUGAAGAGUCUAGAUCUUUUCAAUUGCGAGGUAACCAACUUGAACGAUUACAGAGAAAAUGUAUUCAAGCUCCUCCCACAACUCACAUACCUCGAUGGCUACGACCGGGAUGACAAAGAGGCACCGGACUCUGAUGCAGAGGGCUACGUGGAGGGCUUAGACGACGAGGAGGAAGAUGAAGAUGUCUUAUCUCUAGUGAAAGAUCGGGAUGACAAAGAAGCACCGGACUCUGAUGCAGAGGGCUACGUGGAGGGCUUAGACGACGAGGAGGAAGACGAAGACGAAGAAGAGUAUGACGAUGACGCUCAGGUAGUAGAAGAUGAAGAAGACGAGGAGGAAGAGGAGGAAGGAGAAGAGGAGGACGUGAGCGGAGAAGAGGAGGAGGAUGAAGAAGGCUACAACGACGGGGAGGUAGAUGACGAUGAAGAUGAAGAAGAGCCCGACGAAGAACGGGGACAGAAGAGAAAACGAGAACCUGAAGACGAAGGGGAUGAAGACGACUAAACUGAAUAACCUAUUUUGACAAUUUCCUAUUGUGAUUUGACUGUUUUUACCCCUGUACUUCCCCUUCCCACACCCCCAACCUUUAUUUUCCCCCCCCCCUUUUUUUUUUCUCCCCUUUUUAUUUUCUGAUUGUAAUGUUGCUGUGGGAAUGAGAGGGAGCAGCAGACUGGGUGGGCAAGGGAAUAAAAUACUAUUUUUACUGCCACUCCUCCUCCUCUUCAUUUGAAACCUUUUUCUUUUUGUCCCUCUCUUAGUCCCAGUAACUGCAAUAGUAAGUAUAAACCAAGUGGUAAUUUGUUUCUUAUUAUUGGAGUGGAUAGUUUGAUUAUCUUGAAAAGCAGGAAAAAAAAAGAGGAAAAAAUAAGUGGAAGAUCAGUGGAUGAGAACCCCAAAUAUACCUAUUCGGAAUAGCGUUGGUUUGUUGGGAUUUUGCCACCGCUGCCAGCCACUAAAUACAUGGGAAGCAUAUUUUUGGGGGAUGCUGCAAAUUGAGGCCCAGCAUCAUCCCCCCACAGCAACGGGGGUGAGAAUGGCAUAUGGAUCAAGUGGUUUCUUUGUUGCCUGUCCGUCAAUGACUGCCAUUUUCAGCCAACGCUUUCCCUGCUUUUGUAGGUACCUUUUCUUUUGCUGUUUGUAAAUAGUGACCAAAUGUUUUCUGUUGGGGUUUGGUUGGUUUUGGGGGGGGGUGUGUCCUUUGGAUCUGGUUUGUGGGGUGAAUUUGCAAUCCCUCCUCUUCCUCCCUGCCCUGUGUGUCGUGUUUUCCUUUCUGUUUAUUUGGGGGGGGGGGGGGUUAUUUUUCCUUUGGCUAGGGUAUAGCCAAGACACUGAAAAUGGCAGGCAUUUAAAUAUAUAUAUAAAUAUAUAUAAAAAGUGUUCCUAAUUCCUGAGUUACUAGUGAAAUGAAUUUGACAAUUGUAAUAAAACAAAAUGUUUCAACCCUUUUAAAUAAGGUGUGUACUAUUUUGGUCUGUAAUAUAUAACACCUAGUCAAUUUGAAGUGAUGAGAAACUACUUCCACUUGUGCUAUAUACUUUGAGACUUUUUACAAACCUAAAGCCAGGAGGCAGUUCAGCAUGUAGGGUAGGAGGUUUCUUUUCAUACACUCAAGCACGAGAUACUAAUACAAAAUUGUAUUUUCUUACCUAGUGGAAGUCAGUAAAAUGACUGAAAAUGCCUAGUGAAUGUACAGUUUUACUUUCAUAUCCCUCUUUAAAAUAGCUUUAGAAGUGACUUGUAUUUCCUAGUCAAUAUUUCAUCUGUAUAAAUACAUUUGCAACAGUUUUUGUUUUGGGUUUUGUUUUUUUUUUGGUUGGUUGUUUUGGUUUUUUUUUUUUCCCAGAAGAGCCAAACUUUGAGUUUUAUGUCUGUUUGUCAUUGAUGAAUUUCAAUAAAUCUUUUGAUACAA